CUUCGGAAGCACGACAGGAAAGAAAAGUGAGAUUACGAUCCCUCGUACCUUGGACUAGGUCAUUUCGUGUGCAGAACGCCCUAAAUUUGGCUAAGCAACUAUAACCAAAAAGAAAAAGACAACAGCUAUCGGAGCUGGUCUUGUUAACGUCUUGUGCUUAUCAGGUUGUGUCUACCAUGCUAAUUUCUGCGUGCAGCUCUGUGUAAUUUUUUAUAAAACCCAACAAAUAUCGACACCAUGGAAGAUAUUUAUAACGGGACAAGUUCCGUGUCAUUCAGCUUGGGAUAUGUCACAGAACCAGAUCUUAACGACUCGUCCCCCACUGUGGAAUUUAUGGAAUAUGAUUUACGCUCCGUGCCGUACCCCAGACCCAGACAUUCCUUACCCUGGUGGGAAAUUACUUUAAAAGUGUUUUUCUAUGUGGUAAUCAUUCUCAUUGCUCUUAUCGGUAACGUAAUGGUUAUUGUGGUGGUCAUUCGAGAUAAGAGAAUGCGAACAACCACGAACUUCUACAUCGUCAACUUGGCCACAUCGGACUUACUCGUGAUAUUGUCCUGUGCCUGGGUACAUCUCGUCAACUCUUUGUCAGACAACUGGGUUCUUGGAGCAUUCUUUUGUAAAGUCAAUAGUUUUGCUCAGGUUCUGUCUCUGGUUGCUAGCAUCCUAACGCUCACCCUCAUAGCCUGUGACAGAUUCUUUGGGAUCGUGUUUGCGAUGAAGGCUCAUAUCAUCGAGAGACGUGCUUGGUACUCUAUCGUCAUUGUCUGGGUGUGUUCUAUUGCCGUGGCCUUACCCAUGUUGAUAUACAGAAAGAUGGACACGAGGCAAUGGGCCGACCACACAGAGACGUGGUGUGAUGACCAGUGGCCUGUGUUUACCUUCGUGCCCCCUGGCGGAAACUCCACUGUUCGCAGCAUGCCGUCCAGGACCAUCUACUACACGUUCGUCUCUGUGGUCCUCUACUUCAUCCCAAUCACUGUAAUGACUAUAGCCUACACGGUGAUAAUCGUUAAACUCUGGUCAGCCCGUGCCCCUGGAGAACAGCUACAAACCGACUCCACACAGGAACGGGUGCGGAAAAGGGUUGUGAUUAUGCUGGUAGCCAUCCUGUUCAUGUUUAUACUGUGCUGGUUGCCGUUUCAUAUCUGUAUUAUGUAUGCUGAGUACCGUGAACAAACCGAACUCGCUGAGUGGUUUAACAAGUUCCAUUUCUUCGCUCUUUACCUGGCCUAUUCCAACAGCGCCUUUAAUCCUUUGAUAUACACCGGCUUCAACCAGAAGUUCCGCAAAGGGUUCAAGAAUAUCUUGGUGGUCUGUAAAAAGCGGAAGUACAGUGACAUCGUCACACACCAGGAAUCUUUCAAUAGUACUACACUGGUCACCAAAGUAUGAACAUUUAAAGUGAUAUCUGUUCACAUGUACGCUUUCUUCAGAUAAAUGUAAUGACUAAGACGUUGGUAGCCCUAAUAAGAAAAAUCACCCGUAAUUACCAGGUAUUUAGAACAUUGUAUUUCCACAGAGUUGUUUAUUUGUCAUUG